UGAACAUGAGAAAUAUUCUUUAAAAAAAUGGUAAUGGCUGAUUCCCACUGUUAUAAAGAGAGUUUACUGAUUUGAUGUAUCCAUCAGCUGAUAGCAGGAUUAAAAUGACCAAAUGGAGAUAGUUGAUGAAGAAAAAAUAGAUGAGCUAAUUAAAGCUCAAACUCAUAUAUGGAAUCAUACAUUCCAUUUUAUCAAGUCCAUGUCUUUGAAGUGUGCAGUUCAACUGGGCAUACCAGAUAUCAUCAAUAGCCAUGGUCAACCCAUGACUCUUUCAGAGCUCGUUCUUACUCUGCAAGUUCAUCCAACUAAAACCGAUCAUCUCUAUCGUCUUAUGCGAGUCCUUGUCCAUUCGGGUUUCUUUAAUUUGCAAAAUGCUUCUGAUAAUCAUAGCCAAGAAGGCUAUAUACUUACCCCAGCUUCUCGUCUUCUGCUCAAGGACUGUUCUUUUGAUACUAGACCCUUUAUAUCUCUAGCUCUUGAUCCAGUUGCAACAGAACCAUAUAAUUAUUUAAUACCUUUUCUUCGAAAUGAUGAUCCUACGGCUUUUGUCACUGCCUUUGGAGAGACAUUAUUUGGCUAUGCAGGAAAUGAAGCUAGGAUUAAUCAUUUGUUUAAUGAGUGCAUGGCGAGUGAUAGCUCAGUCAUUGGCAGGGCAGUGAUUAUUAAGUGUAAGAAGGUAUUUGAAGGGGUGAAUUCUUUAGUGGAUGUUGGAGGUGGCACUGGAAACAUGGCUAAGGCUAUUGGCCAAACUUUUCCAAACUUGAAGUGCACUGUUUUAGAUCUUCCACAUGUUGUUGACAAGUUGCAAGGUAGCAACAACUUGAGUUUUCUUGGUGGGGACAUGUUUCAGGCAGUUCCUCCUGCAGAUGCAAUUUUACUUAAGUGGAUAUUACAUGACUGGCCUGAUGAAGAAUGCAUAAAGAUACUGAAAAAUUGCAAAGAGGCAGUAUCAGAAAAGGGCACAGGAGGGAAGGUAAUGAUCAUUGACAUGGUGAUGGGAAAUCAGUCUUGGGAUGACAGUUUAAUGGAAGCGCAACUGUGCUUUGACAUGCAAAUGAUGGCUCUUCUUAUGGGUAAGGAGAGAAAUGAGGAAGAGUGGAAAAAGCUUUUCUUUGAUGCUGGAUUCAGCAACUAUAAAAUAUAUCCUGUGUUGGGUCCCAGAGCUCUCAUUGAGGUUUAUCCUUAACAACUAAUCGAUAAUCUCUUGUACAUUAGCAUUUUGCAGUGUACUCGAAUUCAAUCUUCUCUAAUGUAUCAAGUACUACAGGACUGAUACUUAGAUACUCAAGAAGGUGUGCUUAGCUAAUAGUACAAGCACUUGAAGAAUUGAAUUGCAAUGUGGUGUUUUGUGUUACAGUUUUUGCCUUAUCGAUCAGAAGCUUAGUUGCUUAAGUUUAGUCUUGGUCUGUAUUUGUUAUUAUAUUUUUCAAUAAUUGGCAAUGGAAUUUGUGAUUUUCUUUUUUGGUAA